AUGGCAAAGCGGCUGUCCAUGUUCUCCAUGGCCUCCGACUCUCCCGGGAACGGGCGAGUCGGAGGGCCGCAGACCACGCAAGUCUCGACGACAACACUGUUAAACGCCAUCCACAACAUAUACCUGACCGGCCAGGCCCAUCGGCUUGAUGCAAGCACCAGCGUCGUCGUCAACACGUGGCUCACUGCCUCGCAAGGCGGCCCAACCAUUGACCCAUCCCUUGCCACCAAAGCUUGGGAACAUGCGCGCCGACGCGCCGAAGACGGAUGCAUCAUCCUCAGCUCGCUUCACCAAUCCACGCCCUCGGUCUUGGCACCCUUCCUCUCCAGCUUCCCCUUCGCUGUCCCGUCAAGUCUGCUGAAGGCCUUGGAAGCCGUCCAGCCCCUUCUCCGAUGCGUCACACCGUUCAAUCCGUCCACGCCGAGACAGGCAGUGCUUGGCGUAUCACUGACCCUCAAUCUUGCCGGCGACCUCACCGCAGCAUCGCUGGCGUUGUCUCAAGGCGGCAUCGACACGCUCAACGGGCUGCUCAACAUUCCACCCGAGGCGGGCUACCGCGCUUUUGAUGUCUUCUACUACCUCCUCACGUCUGCCUCGACACCGGCGGAACGCGAAUUCCUGGGGCUCAAGAGCCCUUCUGCUUACGCCUUGCUGGCUCGGUCAGCAACGUACACGCCACCCACUUACCUGCCUACGGCAGACGAUGCUGCCGCUGCCGAUGACUUCCGCCAAGCACUCAAAGAUAUUGGCAUCAAGGGCUCGGCUCACCGAAAUUUCAUCUCCAUCCUUGCAGGACUCCUCAAGCUGGGAAACACUCUCGACUAUAGCCUCGAGCCAGACUCGCUCGAGGAAAUUUGUGAAGAUGUCGGUGGCCUCCUUGGCAUGGAGCCUGAUACGCUCCUCAAUCAGUGCAGUACCGAGGAUCGCUGGACCUUCGUUGGUGGCCUCUACGAGUCUCUCGUGGAUUGGGUCAUGGCCAAGGCCAACAAGACGAUUGCGGCUCAGAUGGAGCGUAUCAAAGCUGGCGAGGAAUCGCCUGACGACCGUGACACGAGCACGCAGACCGCUGGCGAGGACAACGGGGACACCGUGUGCAUCACCGUCGUCGAGGUCGCCCCCGCGACCCUCGGCAAGGCCCUCUGCAUGCGAUCCACCUUCGACGACACGCAGGGCAUCAACUCUGAGAUGAUCGCCGACGGCGUGCAGGCAUCGCCCGCUGGUUCAUCCAUCUUGCGUGAAAUGGAGCAGGCUGUAUCCGAGGUGGCUCCUGACCUCGGCAUCAUGACCGGUCCCGAGGGUCGAGAGCGGCAGCAUGAGCUGGAGAAGCGCGAGGUGGUCCUCGAGAGGGUUGCGUUUGCUUCCGAGGAAGGCGGCUUCCUGAGGAAGCUGCUGAUUCCUAUCGACGGCGAGGGCAUCAAUCUAGGCCGUGCUGGUAGGAUCGACCUGCCCGCAGUCCUCGCUGCCAACCGGCUUUGGUACCACCUCUCGAUCCACCCUACCGAUGACUCUCCCACUCAGCUCGCUGCUCUCCCGUCCAUCACAUCUGCCUGGUCUGCCGGCACCGUGUCGCGACAGCUGCGGUCUUGGAGGCUCCCCGAGUGGGCCAACCGACGGAACCGAUGUCUCGACUUCACCGCCGAUUUUGACGUGGACGAAUUCGUUCAGCGGUAUUCCGCCCUCGGCUGCAAGGACGGCAAGGACGGCAUCGAGAGUUGGAUGCUGGAACGAGGCUGGAGCAACGGGGAGGUCUUCGUCGGCCGAGAGCGCAUCUGGAUGCGAGAGGGUGCGUGGUGGGAUGCGGAGAGCAUGCUGGACCGAUCUGGAGACAGCCAGCCGCCAGUGCAGAACCUGCAAGCCAAUCCGUUCGGGACCGGGUUCGACACUGGCUACUCGGCAAACGGCAGCGGCUUCUUCCCCCCUCCAGCCAUCAAUUCUAGCCUCAACUCCAGCAACGACCAGCUCGUUCAUUCUCGCAAUUUCAGCCACGGCAACGGGAGCCAAAUGACGCUGAACCAAAACCCCAACGCCGCACCAUCCAUCGCGCCGACGGCCGCGCGAACUGUCGGCGCCGGCGACUACGGCCUCGGCGGCAAGGGCGACACGUACAAGGGAGAUCUCCACUACGAAGUCGACGGCGAGUUCUCGGCCAUGGUCGAUCCUGAAUUGGCCAAGGACAAAAAAAUCAAGACCAAGAGCGUCGACCUUACCCGUCGUCUCUGGGUUGGCUUUGUAUGGGCGCUGACUUUCUGGAUACCCUCCUUCCUUCUCCGCUUUGUUGGCAGGAUGAGACGGCCGGAUGUUCGCAUGGCUUGGCGCGAGAAACUUGCCCUGUGCUUCCUCAUCUUCCUCAUGAAUGCCAUCGUCGUUUUCUGGAUCAUCGGCUUCGGACGUCUCCUUUGCCCAAACUAUGACAGGGCCUGGACGCUGUCAGAGGUGUCGACUCACAAAGGCGACGACGAUUUCUGGAUCAGCGUCCGAGGCAAAGUCUACGAUAUCUCCAACUUCUGGAGGCAACCGCACAGCGACACCGAUGUCAAGCCGACGGUUGACGUCAUGCAGCAGCUGGCCGGGCUGAACAUGGAUGAAUACUUCCCUCUCCCCUUGGACAUGGCUUGCGGAAACCUUGGUAUUGGGGAAGGGAUAUCAUUGCUGGCGAACAAUACGGCUGAAAUCAGCAGCGCCAUUCACGUUUCCGGGUUCAAUCAACCAGACCCCACCAGCAAGCUCAGGAACAAAAUGUGGUACUGGGAAAAUUUCCUGCCAACCAUGAAGCAGUACUACAAGGGCGAUCUAGUCUUCAGUGAGAACGAUGUCAGGAGGUCUGGGAAGGACGAGCAGCACAUGUGGGCCAUGUAUGGUGAUCAAAUCUACGACAUGACGGACUACUUCCACACGCAGGAUUUGAAUCUCAGGAGCCCCGUCUAUCAGUUCAUCGACUCAUCCGUGAGCGACCUCUGGAAGAAAAACCCUGGACAGGACAUCAAGAGCAAGCUGGACGCUGUCCUUCGCGCUUCGGCGACGAACCAGACCCAGCUCGCCAAGGUGGAAAACAGCUGGCGGUGUAUCCAAACGCUCUUCUACAAGGGAAAGACCGACUUUCGCGAGACACCCCAGUGCACCGUCAACAACUGGAUUCUUUUGGCAUUCACCAUCAUUCUUUGCACCGUUAUUCUCGUCAAGUUCAUCGCGGCACUGAGGUUCACCUCCAAGCGUCGCCCCUCGCCCCAAGACAAGUUCGUCAUCUGCCAGGUGCCGGCGUAUACGGAAGGCGAAGACUCGCUUCGAAAAGCCUUGGACUCGCUCACGGCCCUGCAGUAUGACAACAAGAGGAAGCUGAUCUGCGUCAUCUGCGACGGCGUCAUCGUAGGUCAAGGCAAUGACCGGCCAACUCCCAAGAUUGUUUUGGAUAUCCUCGGCGUGGACCCCAGGGUCGAUCCUCCUGCUCUUCCCUUCAAGUCCGUCGGUCCCGGCAGCGAUCAGCUCAACUAUGGCAAGGUGUACUCUGGUCUGUACGAGUAUGAAGGCAACGUUGUUCCGUACCUGGUCGUCGUGAAAGUCGGCAAGGAAUCGGAGCAGUCGCGGUCGAAGCCUGGCAACCGUGGAAAGCGGGAUUCCCAAAUUCUUCUCAUGAGCUUCUUAAACCGCGUCCACCACCGCGCGCCGAUGAGUCCUCUGGAGCUGGAAAUGUUCCAUCAGAUCAACAACAUCAUCGGUGUGGACCCUGAGCUGUACGAGUAUCUUCUGAUGAUCGACGCCGACACUUGCGUAAGCGAGGACUCCCUCAAUCGUUUAGUUUCGGCGUGUGCCCACAACGCCAAGAUUGCCGGUAUCUGCGGGGAGACGAGCUUGGAAAAUGAUGAGAAGUCUUGGGCAACCAUGAUUCAGGUCUACGAGUACUUCAUAUCUCAUCAUUUGGCGAAGGCGUUCGAGUCUCUCUUUGGCAGCGUUACCUGCUUACCUGGAUGUUUCUCCAUGUAUCGGCUGAGGACGGUCGACAAGGGCAAGCCGCUCAUCAUCUCGGACGAGGUCAUUCGAGAAUACGCCGUCUGCGACGUCGACACGCUACACCAGAAGAAUUUGCUAUCCCUUGGUGAGGAUCGCUACCUGACGACGCUUAUGACGAAGCACUUCCCGAGCAUGUCGUACAAGUUCAUGCCGGAUGCCCAGUGCAAGACGGCGGCCCCGGAAUCCUGGACUGUGCUUCUGUCGCAGCGUCGACGGUGGAUCAACUCGACGAUCCACAACUUGGUGGAACUCAUGCGGCUGAAGGACAUGUGCGGCUUCUGCUGCUUCAGCAUGCGCUUCGUCGUCUUCAUCGACCUCUUCGGCACCAUCAUCCUGCCGGCGACGUGCGCCUAUCUCGGCUACCUCAUCUACAGGGUUGCCUCGAAGACGGGCCAGUUUCCGCUCAUCUCUCUCGUCAUGUUGGCGGCCGUGUACGGGUUGCAGGCUCUGGUGUUCAUCCUCAAGCGGCAGUGGCAGCACAUCGGAUGGAUGAUAAUCUACAUCAUAGCCUUCCCCAUCUACUCGUUUGUCCUGCCGGUGUACUCGUUCUGGAACCAGGACAACUUCUCGUGGGGAAACACGCGCAUUGUCAUUGGUGAGAAGGGCGACAAGAAGGUUAUCGCCGUCGAGGACGAAGGAUUCGAUUCGCGAUCGAUCCCGCUUCAGCGUUGGGACGACUACGCCAUGUCCAACAAUCUGCCAGGCCGACGUGGGUUCCAGCAGGAGAAGCCGGACUUUGGAUAUGGAGAACAGUAUGAGCUGGACGAGAUAAAAUCCGUCUACUCGGCCGCACCGCAGGGCUCGGUCAUUGGCGGCAUGAGCGCACGCAAGGUGUACAUGCCCCCCGCGUCGCCGGCUUUCGGCCAUCACACCCGAGCGCCCACAGCACAAGGCCAGUAUCAGGACCCGGCCAUGUCGGUGCGCAGGCAGUCGAUCAUGUCGAUGGGCACCGGCGUUCACGACUUCCAGAGGAGUCAGUCGCCGUACCAAGAUAUGCCCCCCAAUCGGCCGAGCGCGAUGAACCUACGCAGCGCGUCCAGCCUGGGUCUACCCGCGGUCCGCUCCGCCUCGGCUCUGGGGCACCCAGGAGGCCAUCGUUCGCCGCUUGGCAACGACGCGAUGCAGUCGACGACGUCGUUUGACUUUCAGCGUGGCAACGUCCAGGCGGACGACACGGCCAUUGUCGAGUCCAUCCAAGCUGUCCUUCGAGAAAUUGACCUCGACACGGUGACGAAGAAGCAGGUUCGUGCUCUCGUUGAGCAGCGUCUGCAGACGGAGCUGGUGGGCGAGAGGCGCACCUUUAUGGAUCGGCAAAUCGAUCGCGAAUUGGAAAACAUGUAA